AUGUCAAGCUUGUACACGAGCCUCUCGGCGAUCUCCGGCGGGGGCGGUGACGACGACGACUAUGGCCUCUUCAGCGGCGCCGUCGCCGACGCCUGCGCGUUGAUCGUCGUGUCCUGCGUGCUCGCCGCGUCUGUCAUCAUCUGGGAGGUGUGCGCCUUCGCCGCCAUAUGCAUGGCCGCGGCGCUUGUUGGCGCCGCGUGGUGCCUCGCGCCCAGGAGCAUCGUGUGUGGGAGCGGGAGGCGCGCGGGCACGGCUGGCGAGUUCGGGCCCACCGGUGCGGCCAUUGAUGUCGCGCUGCCGGCAUUCCCUUACGAGCGCCGCGACGACCUCGCCGGCGGCGAGACGUGCUCGGUGUGCCUGGAGGACGUGCGCGGCGGGGAGAUGGUGCGCAGCCUACCCGAGUGCCGGCACCUGUUCCACGUAGGGUGCAUCGACGUGUGGCUGCACUCGCACGCAACGUGUCCUCUGUGCCGGUCUGACCUCUCGCCGCGGCGACGGGUUACGAUGGCUGCAGCGGCCGGGUUGCCGGCAUUGCCGCAAUUGUAG